AUGGAUCAAGACACAGCCAACCGACUGUUCGAAGUUGGAGCAUUCGUGGUAUUUCUGGCUCCUCCUCCAGCAGGAAUCGACUUUGGAAUCGACAUGAACAGCUGGGAACUGGGAAGACGCUUUUCUGGAUUGAAACUGAUACCGCCUGGACUUCACUUUAUACACUCUGGUGGCGUAUCUGGAAUAGGCCGCGUAGGAUUCUUUCAUUUCUUUACUGAACGAGAGAUCGUUGUUGCCAAUUGGGAUACCGCAACAGAGCAGAUUGAAGCUGCGCCACAUGACUCAGACCAAGUAGAACGUCUCAGAGCUAAUUUGCGGACUCUGGAUUCGUCUCUAGGACCAUACCCUUUGAAUACCACUACGCCAUCUCAUCAAUUUACGACAUAUCAACGAUGGCUCCGCCUCACACAACACAUAACACCUAAUCUGUUGAGUCGAGUUAUACCAACAGGCUAUAUCGGAUCCAUGACGUCUGUAUCUCGGUUUUCUGACGUCGUAUCGCCUUCUACAAAUAUGGAAACAUCGAGUACACUGGCCAAUACAGAGUGGCUCCAUUUUACCUGGAUAGACUUGAAGCGUUCUUUUCCACAAGGAGCAUCGGGUGCUGAACUGACCCGAUAUAGUAUUGACAAGAGCUAUUUAUUACGAAAACUGCUGGAAGGUCAAUAUUCAGACUAUAAGGACUUGCUGGGAGAGCUGGAACUGUCAUUUAUCAUUUUUUUGGUGGGCCAAGUAUACGAUGGUUUGGAACAGUGGAAGAUCCUAGUAACCUUACUGUGCUCGUGCCAUGAGCUCCUUGAGCUUCAAGUCGACAUGUUUAUUGGCUUUACAGGUGUAUUGCUUGUGCAGCUACAGGAACUCCCCGAGGACUUCUUCAUCGAUGCCUUGUCUGGUGACUCGUUUCUCCGGCAUGCUUUACGAAUGUAUACAUCAUCAGUAGCAUCAACAACAUCCUAUCAUACUCCAAUGCGUGCAAUGCCACGUAAUACCGAUCUAGUACGUAGUAUGGACACUCUUCUCGAUUUUGUCGAGAAUUACUUUCAGUGGGAGUUGAGAACAGAGGCUCGACUCGCUGCUGAAGGUGAUGAAGAGGAGGAAGGAGAAUACGCACCCGUUAUUGUAAACUCUGAUGAUGACAAACAUCAUACGGAUGGAUUACAAAAUACUCUGAGCCCUGAUGUCAGGAUGGAUGAGGCGUAA